GAGAGAGAAACACAUUCUAAUAGAGAGAGAAACACAUUAUAAGAAUAAAAAAAAGAAAGAAAGAAAAACAGUACAUGAGCAUACCUCUCUCUCUCUCUCUCUCUCUCUCUCUCUCUAGUCUCUCCUCUUCUCCAAUUUUAAUUUCUCCUUGAAAAUCUGGUACUUUAAAUGUGAGAAACACGCUAACGUAACAGAGAAAACACCUACACGGAAAACCGCUAACGUUCCUUUCGCAUUUGUUUUUUGUUUUAUUUUUAUUCGGUUGGUGUUUCCUGUUGCUGUUGCUGUUGUUAUUGGUGCUGAGAUGGUGGUGAUGAUGGAGGAAAAUGAGAGUUGUGGAAGCAGAGUGCAAGAUUCUACGACGUCGUCACCGUCUCCGUCGCACGCGGGACGGAACCAGAGACAGAAGUUAGAGGUUUAUAAUGAGGUUCUUCGUAGGCUUAAAGAAUCUAACAAUGAAGAGGCUAAUCAACCUGGUUUCGACGAUGAACUCUGGUCUCACUUUCACCGUCUUCCUACUCGAUAUGCAUUGGAUGUAAAUGUGGAAAGAGCAGAAGAUGUACUAAUGCACAAGAGAUUGUUACAAUUGGCUCACGAUCCUGAUAAUAGACCUGCCAUUGAAAUACGCCUCGUUCAGGUUCCACCAGUUUCUGAUGGGAAUUCUGCUGAUUCUGAUCUUUCAGGCUCUCCUCGUAAAGGAGAUACCCAAAGUAAUAGAAAAAGCAUACAUCCACCACCAGCAUUUGGUUCAUCCCCUAAUCUUGAAGCACUUGCGCUUGAAGCAAAUAAAUCCGAAAAUGGAGACGGUGAUAAUUCCGUACAUGCAAAUUCAAAGUUCUCUAGGCCCAUGCAUGAAAUAACUUUUUCAACAGAUGACAAGCCAAAACUUCUUAGUCAGUUAACUUCCUUGCUUGCUGAAAUUGGGUUGAACAUCCAAGAAGCACAUGCUUUCUCCACUGUUGAUGGCUACUCAUUGGAUGUCUUUGUGGUUGAUGGUUGGCCAUAUGAGGAAACAGAGCAGCUUAGAAUUGCAUUGGAAAAGGAAGUUUUCAGGAUUGAGAAGCAUACUUGGCCUACUCUUUCAUUAUCGCCUUCUAGUGAGCACAAACAAACCAAAAUCAAAUGUGAUCCUGAUCAUGUGACAAUACCUAAUGAUGGGACUGAUGUCUGGGAAAUUGAUCCUAAGAACUUGAAGUUUGAGAACAAAGUUGCAUCUGGAUCAUAUGGUGACCUGUACAAGGGCACAUACUGUAGUCAGGAAGUGGCUAUUAAAAUUCUCAAGCCUGAGCGUAUAAAUUCAGAUUUGGAGAAGGAGUUUGCCCAGGAAGUAUUUAUAAUGAGGAAGGUUAGACAUAAGAAUGUUGUACAAUUUAUAGGUGCAUGUACCAAGCCCCCGAGCUUGUGCAUUGUAACAGAAUUUAUGUCUGGUGGAAGCGUGUAUGACUACCUACACAAACAGAAGGGUGUCUUUAAGCUCCCAUCCUUGCUAAAAGUAGCAAUAGAUGUCUCCAAAGGAAUGAACUACUUGCACCAAAAUAAUAUAAUUCACAGGGAUUUGAAAGCUGCAAACCUUCUCAUGGAUGAAAAUGAGGUGGUUAAGGUUGCUGAUUUUGGGGUUGCCAGAGUGAAGGCUCAGACUGGAGUGAUGACAGCUGAAACUGGGACCUAUAGAUGGAUGGCUCCUGAGGUCAUUGAACACAAGCCAUAUGACCACAAGGCUGACAUUUUCAGUUUUGCGAUUGUGUUAUGGGAGUUGUUAACUGGAAAGCUUCCAUACGAGUACUUAACCCCAUUACAAGCAGCUGUUGGUGUGGUUCAAAAGGGUCUGCGGCCUACAAUUCCAAAGCACACUCAUCCAAAGCUGGCUGAGUUGCUUGAGAAAUGCUGGCAGCAAGAUCCAGCACUACGACCUGAUUUCUCUGAGAUUAUAGAGAUGCUGCAGCAAAUAGUAAAGGAGGUUGGGGAAGAAGGUGAAGGGCGUAAGGAGAAAUCAUCUGGAGGAUUCCUAUCUGUACUGAGAAGGGGGCACCACCACUGAAGUAGAAGCGACAUACAAGGAUGUCCAUAACCUGAUGAACACAGGUUUUCAACUGCUGUGAACUGCCUUUCAUCCAUCUCAUCAUCAUGCUGUACAGUAAUUUCUUUUUCCAGAUGAUAAAAGAGAAUUUGUUCGGUUCUUUUACUUCCUCAAAUCUAUUUUAAGACCGGUCAUUCUUUUUUUUCUUUUUUUUCUUUUUCCGGCAUCACAGCAUUAAUCUCUGUAUUGAGGAAUGUGGUGAGUAUGGGCUUCGUAAGACUGUAAUUGACCAUAUAUGUCCAGCGGCCUUAUAGUGACUUAUAAUUAUUUGAGCAAUUUAUCUUAAAAGUUCA